CUGGAUGUGGUUUGGUGGCCGAUGUUCCAUAAACUCUCAAUGGUGAGUUUUACCGGAAGAGGUCAGUUGAUUUGAUUAAUUUAUUGUUUCAUUGUAAUGGGUACUUUAAAAUUAUGUUGCUAAUGGUGUUAUUUAAUUUGUCACAUUUUAAGUGUUACAGUACUUAUGUAUGCUUCUGACAGUGUUCUAUUUAAAAUUGGUUGUUAGUAGUUAUAUUUAUAUCGCGAAUAGUGCCUAACAAUGCCUUUAUGUAUUUAUCUUCUUUUGUCUCUGGUAUUAUACGGGAGCCAGGCAACGACAUUUCGUUGGCAAUUUCACUGCUGUUAUUGUGCAAUGACAAUAAAAGUCUAUCUUUAGUGGCCCACCCUUAAAUUGUACAAUAACACGUUUUGUCCACAAGGUGGCAGCAUUUGCUUACUAUGCCCAACAUAUCUAAUGUCUCGUCGCUGAACCUGAUCAAUGAUUUUUUUAAAGGUGAAUUGCAGCUCGUGUGUUGGCAAAUAUAAUUAUUUAUUGCUUCCAAAGGUUAUCUGUGGGAGUUAGUGCACUAAUGUUGUAACAACAUGUAACAAGUUGUCAUCUGUGGUAGUCACAUGACAGGAAGUAUUACCUGCUUGCAUCGGUGGGCCACCAUGUAGUCCUCUGCUCCUCCAAAGGAGUUCGCUGACAUCUCAAAUGUCGCAAAGGAAGCCUCUAUGUAUGGUUCUGUUUGGUUCUAGAAUGUGACUUCAGUGAGUGAAGAACACUGCUCACCCCCGCCUGCUCAGGACAACUUCAUGGCCGACUGCAAAGAACUCUGGGAAAAUGCUGAUAAGCAUAACUGCUGCAUUUCCUGGGACAGGAGGGUGCGCAUCAAUCAGCAUCUGUGGGGUUCUUGGGCCCGCCCACAUGUCAGAUAGUCGCGUGUAAAGACCACGUACAGAAACAGACAUUUGGAGCAGGAGAAACUGGGGUGGGAAGCAUUCAGAUGGAACCAGUUCUUGUUGAGCUCCCAAAAUCACAGGAACAUCUUGUUCACCAGAGGACAACCUUCAUCAUCAUUGUAAGCAAAAGUCUCAGACUGCUCACGUGGUUCGGCCUGGGAUCCUGGAUCCAGACUGCUGAGUCAUUGCUUCAUGACCCGGUCCAGCAUUCUGCUUUCCCUCCAUGGACGUCCACACUGAGAUCAACACAUGCGACUGCACACUUUCACUUCAUCGGUCUGGCAGGUGAACCAGUGGCACCCACUGGUCCCAACCGCGACUGUCCCUGCAGAACCUUUGGAGCUUCCCCAGAGCAGAGCUCUUCCAGGAUGAUGUCUGCGGGUUCUGCUGGAACAUCAAAGACACACAAGGUCAGAAAACAAACACACACACACACACCCUGCUUUGUGUGCAGACACUCACCGUGACCAGAACGCAGUGUGGGUCGAGCGGUUCCCUUCCAGCCCUGGCCCCUCCCACAAGUUCAGCCAGACGCCGCAUGUUGUCGACAUGCACGAUGUCGAUGUGGUUGUCACAGCAGAAGGCGCGGAUGAGCGUGAAGUGGAUCUGCAGUGCCGCGUCGUGUUUGUCGCUGUCGUCGGAGGCCAGUACACACAGAACCACGUUGUCUGAAUCUCUGUGGACAGGAAGUAAGUCAGCAACUGGCGGCCCAAGGGCCCAAGGAGGCAGCCAUCUUGCUUGGGACUUACACAUUGAGAGACUUGGCAGCCUCAUAGACACCCACAGUGAUGCAACCCUGAGGUAAGGCUGCACUCAGAACCUCCUCCAAGGCAUGGGCCACAGACUCCAUCCUAAUAAGCACAAAAAUGACAGUCACUUUGGAUGAGGUAACAUUGCAAUGCUUCUCUCCUCCUAACUUCAUUUAACCAUUAAUAAUACUAAUGAACUAAUUAGCAUCAGUGCACUGAGCAGCAUAAGCCAUAUUUAAAAUGCAAACAUGCUAUUGCAAACAUAGCUAAGAACAAUAAGCCUCAUAAAAAAUAUAGAAAUUGUUCACCUUUCAGAAGCGUUUUCUCCACUAUUAUCCUCAAGCGUCAUGUUUGUGUCCGCAGAGUUCAGUUGACACUAAGUUCUGUUGGAUCCAAGACGAAGUCAGCCUCUUCAAAUCCUCAGCUCCGCCAUUAUUUGCAUAAACCCCGCCCACCGACCACAAGGCCUGGCCCUCUUUUCGUGGGCGGUGUUUUUACAAACAGCGGCACCCUGUGGCCAAAGCGACGCACUGAGUUUGGUUUUGUUUUAAGCAUUUAAACCUAAAAUCAGAUACUUUACUAAUGCGCUUUAAUUCUUUUCACUUAGCUAAUUUUCUCUUCUUGUGCUCUGCAACGUUUGUACUGACUGUAAGGACUUUUACAUCAAACGUUUUUGUCUCUUCUGUUAUGGCGCCUCUGCUGGUUGUUAUUGGUAGCACGUGCUGACUUGAGAUCAGUCUCCGUUCCCACAUUUAACUUGACUUAUGCUAGCUAAAUCUGACCCGAGAUCAGAGCCUAUUAUUUCCCGCCAACGUGGCACAUUACGAUGAUGAUGGUGCUGCUUUUCACCCGGAGUAAAGACAUUGUUUGUAUAAACAGCUGUCUCUCUGCACCCAGAACUUGACUGAUCAGCUGACCCGCAACACUGAUGUUGUGCGUGUUGACCUUUGACCUGCCGCUAUCAUGUCCUUCCUCCUAUGUGGAAGUCUUGGAUUAACUUUGACCUGUUUUGUAUCUCCGAGAGCUGUGGACUAACCAUGGACCGCAAAGUUCGCCCAAGGUCACAAUCUGACCGCCACCCCCACAGGGACCAUCGCUUCAGGUAUGAGCAGGGUCCUCCAGGGCCGGAGUACAGGGUGACUGACAGGCUUUGGCCCGGUCCUGCUGAUCAUCACUACUGGACUCGGCACUGUAGCGGUGCUCCUGCUGCCUUCCAGAAUCUUGACAACAGCCUGCAGUACUCCAGCGCCCCCCCAGAGCAGCGCUGCCACCUCAGCAGGCGAGGAUACGACUACCAAGCGUACGCUCAGUAUGACUACGACGCACAGUACGCGUACUACAACUACUACAGCGCAGACCAGCAUACCUCCUGGUGGCCUCAGGACUCCUGGGGGGCGGAGCGCCAUCAUGACGGAACGUCAAGCUCCUACGCCUGCAGUUAUUCAAAUAUAGCGUCAUGUGACCCUGGAGACCAGGAGGUGCGUCCGUCCAAGUACACAAAGGACUCAUUAGAAGCUUCCAGAGCGUCAGGAUUAUCAUCUAGCAGCUAUGAGCUCAGUCAGUACAUUAACGGAGGUGAACAAUGCAAACCAGUGACUGACUCAGGUCUGAGUCCCCCGGCGGUUCCUUUCAAGUUCUCUGGCCCUCACGUCGUUGUCAGCUUUGGACCCUCGGGGCAGCUUGUCAAGGUCACGCCGGGUCGCUCGGCACGGGGAUGCCUGUGCCAAGUGGAGAUGCACAGUCUGGAGGUCAUCCUGAGUGAGACACACGAGCAGCAGGAAAUGAGGAACUUUCCAGGACCUUUAACUCGGGAAGAUUUGCACAAAGUGGAUGUUAUUGACUUCGCACACCAAAAGACGCUGGCCUGCAGCAAUGACGACGGGAGCUCUGCUGCCCUCUUGUGGAAGAUUCUCAUACUGCUGUGCAGACAAAAUGGUCAAAUAGUUGGCUCCGAUGUUGCGGAGCUGCUGAUGCAGGGAUCACUCUCAGACGGGAGCAUCGUGUCCGAUGACACGACUCUCAUUGACUUCAGCGAGGACAAUGUUGCUGAGGCACCCCCUAGUCUGGGAGAUGACCUCCUCACGGGAAGCUGCAGUGCUGAGAUGUCUAAGAAAAGCCUGCAAAGCUACACUCAGCUGCUAUUGGCCGGGAGGAAGAAGGAGGCUCUGGAGUCAGCUAUGAGUGGCGACCUGUGGGGACAUGCCCUCUUUUUAGCCAGCAAAAUGGACAUGAGGUCCUACACCACUGUGCUGGACAGGUUCACUGGACAGCUGAGUGCCACCGACCCACUACAGACUCUCUUCCAGCUUCUAUCAGGGAGAAUCCCAGCUGUUGCCACGUGGUGCGGCGGCCCCAACCGGGUCGACUGGCGCCCUCACCUGGCUGUGAUGCUGUCCAACGAGACAGGCGACUCCACUCUCCGACAGCGAGCAGUGGUCACCAUGGGAGACACACUAGCCUCCCGAGGCCUCGUGCACGCUGCCCACGUGUGCUACUUGAUGAGUGGCGUUCCUUUCGGUGCCUUCACCGAGACGACAGCCAGGAUGGUUCUUCUUGGCUGUAGCCACAAGGACACCUUUAGGCGCUUUGCCUCCAACGCUGCCAUCCGCUGCACUGAAAUCUACGAGUUCUGCCAGACACUUGGUGCCAAACACUUUUCCAUCCCAUCAUUCCAGGUCUUCAAGUUUUUAUACGCCGCUCGUCUUCUGGACUGUGGACUGGCUUGUCAGGCACUCCAUUACUGUGAGGUGAUAGGCCGGACCCUCCUCGUGCAGCCAGAAGUCUUCCAUGUUUUGACGGAGGAACUCAUUAAGCUGGCUGAACGCCUCACACACGCAGAAGGUCCAUUUAGUGCGGUUGGGUCGAGUGGCACCGGACAGGAGCCAAGCUGGCUGACAGCACUGCGAGCUAGGCACCAUGGUUUUUUGAAGAAAGGGUCUGACAGGGCUGACAUCCAACAAGCUGUUCCUCAAGCUGAAGAGCACAAUAACAAGUUCUCAGAACCUGACAUCACUGGCAGUCAGAGUCCAGAAACAGAACCUCUUCACGGCAAUAGAACCAUGGAUGGACACACUUUGGGACAACAAUUGUCCUGCAAUGUCGGAGGAACUCAGGAAUGGACCGAGGCCCAACCUCCGAUGCCAAGAGUGACUGCUCACGCCUACCCAGCAUCCUCAGCAGCUGUGUGGGACCAGAACAUAGAACAGAACACAGCUGGUGCUGAGGUUGGAAGCGUCUCGCCACGUGAAAGCGGGUGGCCUGUAGCAGCACAGUGCGCAGUGCUGCCUUCUGGAGUGGCGCCGGGACGGAACCAGGUGUCAGAGUCUUCUCACACCAAGCAGCUUUCUUCACAGAGCACAAGGUCAGGAUGGUUCCGUGGAUGGUUCCGGUCCAAGUCCCCUGACAGGAAGUGAUGUCAUCACCUAAAGGGUCUACCUCCCAGAUGGCGGUGAGAGUGCGCUUGAUUGCGUUUACUGCAGUGGCAGUACAUGCACUUGAAGAAGGUAAUCAUAGACACAUGGUAAAUGUUAAGAGGAAUAUAUACGUAGACUUGAAUGUACGUAUAGUGUAUAUACAGUACGUGACCUUUAAAGUGGAAGUAUGACACUUUUUUUCUUGUGACUCACAAAGUUGAUGUCAAAGGCAAAAUUUUAACUUUGAAUAAUUAGAAUUCUAACAUUUGAAUUGUGUGUUAUACAAUCAUGGACGAGAAGCGCAAAUCUUCAAGUUGAUAAAUAUUUAGUUUAAUAUUGUUACUUAGUUGCGUUUUCUAAAAAUGUAAAAUGUGCAAUACUUGAAAGCAGGAAAAGACCAUAUACAGAAUGAUUGUGUUUUGUUGUUGCAUUUAU